GUGGGCUGCUGGGUGGGAGCUGUGUCGGUCCUGGGCCCGUGGCGGGAGGUGAGACCCAGCAGCCCCUGCUCCAUCUUCUGCGCCCCACGCCUGGGUGCUGCUCCCAGCCUCCCUUAAAGACAGGUCCCUCCCACCGCCCCCACCCCCCACCAUGGAUCACUCAUUCAGUGGGGCACCCCGAUUUCUGACCCGGCCCAAGGCUUUUGUGGUGUCGGUGGGCAAGGACGCCACGCUGAGCUGCCAGAUCGUGGGCAACCCUACGCCGCAGGUGACCUGGGAGAAGGACCAGCAGCCCGUGGAGGCGGGCGCUCGCUUCCGCCUGGCCCAGGACGGCGACCUGUACCGUCUCGCCAUCCUGGACCUGGCACUGGGCGACAGUGGGCAGUAUGUGUGCCGCGCGCGCAAUGCCAUCGGUGAGGCCUUCGCGGCUGUCGGCCUGCAGGUGGACGCUGAGGCCGCUUGCGCCGAGCAGGCGCCGCAUUUCCUUCUGCGGCCCACGUCCAUCCGCGUGCGCGAGGGCGCGGAGGCCACCUUCCGCUGCCGCGUGCGCGGCUCGCCGCCCCUGGCGGUGAGCUGGGCCAAGGACGGGCGGCGCUUGGGCGCGCCCGACGCCCCCCGAGUGCGCGUGGAGGCCAGCGGCGAGGCGAGCGCGCUGCGCAUCCAGGCAGCGCAGGCCCGCGACGGUGGCACCUACACGGUGCGCGCCGAGAACGCGCUGGGCGCCGCCAGCGCCGACGCCGCGCUCACCGUGGACGCGGAUGCAGACGCUGCCGGCCCUCCCGGGGCCUCCACAGCCGCGCUUCUGGAGCACCUAAAGCGGCGGCGCGAGGCGAUGCGCGCUGAGGGCGCCCCGGCCUCGCCACCCGGUUCUGGCACGCGCACCUGCACCGUGACUGAAGGCAAGCACGCGCGCCUCAGCUGCUACGUGACGGGUGAGCCUAAGCCCGAGACGGUAUGGAAGAAGGACGGGCAGCUGGUGGUCGAGGGCCGGCGACACGUGGUGUACGAGGACGCUCAGGAGAACUUCGUGCUCAAGAUCCUCUUCUGCAAGCAGUCAGACCGGGGCCUCUACACCUGCACGGCAUCCAACCUGGUGGGCCAAACCUACAGCUCCGUGCAGGUCGUCGUGCGAGAGCCCGCGGUGCCCUUCAGGAAGCGGCUGCAGGACCUGGAGGUGCAGGAGAGGGAGUCGGCCACGUUCCAGUGCGAGGUGGAGCUGCCGACCACCGAGGCCGCGUGGUACAAGGAGGAGACGCGGCUGUGGGCCAGCGCCAAGUACGGCAUCGAGGAGGCGGGCACCGAGCGCCGGCUGACCGUGCGCAACGUCUCGGCCGACGACGACGCCGUCUACAUCUGCGAGACUGCGGAGGGCAGCCGCACGGUGGCGGAGCUCGCGGUGCAAGGCAACCUCAUCCGGAAGCUCCCGAGGAAGACCGUGGUGCGAGUGGGGGACACGGCCAUGUUCUGUGUGGAGCUGGCCAGGCCGGAGGACUCCGUCCACUGGCUGAGGAACCAGGAGGAGGUGGUGGCUGGGGGCCGCGUGGCCAUCACCACGGAAGGCACGUGCCACACGUUGACCAUCUCCAAGUGCAGCCUGGAGGACAUGGGCGAGGUGACCUUCACGGCUGGGGACUGCCGGACAUCCACGCAGUUCUUUGUGUCUGCCCCUAGGAAGCCGCCCCUGCAUGCCCCUGAGGCCCCUGAGGUAAAGGCCAGGACAGAGAGCUCCGUGACCCUCGGCUGGUCCCCCCCACCCCACGGGGACCGCUCUGUCCCCAUCGAUGGUUAUCUGGUGGAAAAGAAGCGGCUUGGCGCCUACACCUGGAGCCCGUGCCACGAGGCCAAGUGGGUGGAUGUGCGUGAGCUGACUGUGGCAGGCGUGUCCGAGGAGGGGGACUUCCAGUUCCGGGUGUCAGCUGUGAACAGCUUUGGCCACAGUCCCUGCCUGGAGUUCCCAGGGACUGUCCACCUGGCCCCCCAGCUGGCCCUGAGGACGCCUCUGAAGGCAGUGGAGGCCGUGGAGGGUGGCGAGGUGACCUUCUCCGUGGACCUCACUCUGGCCUCGGCGGGCGAGUGGUUCCUGGACGGGCGGGCCCUGAAGGCCAGCGGCAUGUACGUGAUCCGUCACGAGGGCACACGGCACGCCCUCACCAUCCGCUCCGUGUCUGCCAGCCUGCACGGCGCGGAGCUCAAGUUCGUGGCCAACGGCAUCGAGAGCAGCAUCCGCAUGGAGGUCCGAGGACUGACCACCAAGCGUCCAGUGGCAGCUGUGAGGGAAGUGCUGGCCCGGCUGCAUGAGGAGGCGCAGCUCCUGGCCGAGCUGUCAGACCAGGCUGCGGCAGUGACAUGGCUGAAGGACGGCCACGCGCUGCCACCAGGCCCCAAGUACGAGGUGCAGGCGACGGCCGGGCAGUGGGCACUGCUGGUGCGGGACGUGGUGCGAGACGACGCUGGCCUCUACGAGUGUGUCAGCCGUGGGGGCCGCGUCGCCUACCAGCUCCUGGUGCAAGGGCUCACUCCCUUUCUGCACAAGGACACAGCUGGUGGCUGUGUGGAUGCCGUGGCUGGAGGCCCAGCCCACUUCGAAUGUGAGACCUCUGAGGCCCACGUGCGCGUGCGCUGGUACAAGGACGGCACGGAGCUCAGUCGCUCCAGCCAGCGCUUCUCGCAGGAGGACGUGGGCACGCGGCACCGGCUGGUGGCAGCCUCGGUCACCAGGCAGGAUGAGGGUACCUACUCAUGCCGCAUGGGUGAGGACUCCGUGGACUUCCAGCUGCGUGUCUCCGAGCCUGCAGCUGUGUUUGCCAAGGAGCAGCCAGCACACAGGGAGGUGCAGGCCAAGGCGGGGGCCAGCGCCACCCUGAGCUGUGAGGUGGCCCAGGCCCAGACAGAGGUGACGUGGCACAAGGAUGGGAAGAAGCUGAGUGUGAGCUCCAAAGUGCACGUGGAGGCCAAGGGCUGCAGCAGGCGGCUGGUGGUGCAGCAGGUGGGCCAGGCGGACGCUGGGGAGUACAGCUGUGAGGCCGGGGGCCAGAAGGUGUCCUUCCACCUGGACGUGGCAGAGCCGUCUGUGGUGUUUGCCAAGGAGCAGCCAGCACGCAGGGAGGUGCAGGCCAAGGCGGGGGCCAGCGCCACCCUGAGCUGUGAGGUGGCCCAGGCCCAGACAGAGGUGACGUGGCACAAGGAUGGGAAGAAGCUGAGUGCGAGCUCCAAAGUGCACGUGGAGGCCAAGGGCUGCAGCAGGCGGCUGGUGGUGCAGCAGGUGGGCCAGGCGGACGCUGGGGAGUACAGCUGUGAGGCCGGGGGCCAGAAGGUGUCCUUCCACCUGGACGUGGCAGAGCCCUCUGUGGUGUUUGCCAAGGAGCAGCCAGCACGCAGGGAGGUGCAGGCCAAGGCGGGGGCCAGCGCCACCCUGAGCUGUGAGGUGGCCCAGGCCCAGACAGAGGUGACGUGGUACAAGGAUGGGAAGAAGCUGAGUGCGAGCUCCAAAGUGCACGUGGAGGCCAAGGGCUGCAGCAGGCGGCUGGUGGUGCAGCAGGUGGGCCAGGCGGACGCUGGGGAGUACAGCUGUGAGGCCGGGGGCCAGAAGGUGUCCUUCCACCUGGAUGUCGCAGAGCCGUCUGUGGUGUUUGCCAAGGAGCAGCCAGCACGCAGGGAGGUGCAGGCCAAGGCAGGGGCCAGCGCCACCCUGAGCUGUGAGGUGGCCCAGGCCCAGACAGAGGUGACGUGGCACAAGGAUGGGAAGAAGCUGAGUGCGAGCUCCAAAGUGCACGUGGAGGCCAAGGGCUGCAGCAGGCGGCUGGUGGUGCAGCAGGUGGGCCAGGCGGACGCUGGGGAGUACAGCUGUGAGGCCGGGGGCCAGAAGAUGUCCUUCCACCUGGAUGUCGCAGAGCCAUCUGUGGUGUUUGCCAAGGAGCAGCCAGCACGCAGGGAGGUGCAGGCCAAGGCGGGGGCCAGCGCCACCCUGAGCUGUGAGGUGGCCCAGGCCCAGACAGAGGUGACGUGGCACAAGGAUGGGAAGAAGCUGAGUGCGAGCUCCAAAGUGCACGUGGAGGCCAAGGGCUGCAGCAGGCGGCUGGUGGUGCAGCAGGUGGGCCAGGCGGACACUGGGGAGUACAGCUGUGAGGCCGGGGGCCAGAAGGUGUCCUUCCACCUGGACGUGGCAGAACCUGCAAUGGUGUUUGCCAAGGAGCAGCCAGCACGCAGGGAGGUGCAGGCCAAGGCGGGGGCCAGCGCCACCCUGAGCUGUGAGGUGGCCCAGGCCCAGACAGAGGUGACGUGGCACAAGGAUGGGAAGAAGCUGAGUGCGAGCUCCAAAGUGCACGUGGAGGCCAAGGGCUGCAGCAGGCGGCUGGUGGUGCAGCAGGUGGGCCAGGCGGACGCUGGGGAGUACAGCUGUGAGGCCGGGGGCCAGAAGGUGUCCUUCCGCCUGGACGUGGCAGAGCCUGCAGCUGUGUUUGCCAAGGAGCAGCCAGCACGCAGUGAGCUGCAGGCCAAGGCGGGGGCCAGCGCCACCCUGAGCUGUGAGGUGGCCCAGGACAAGACGGAGGUGACAUGGUACAAGGAUGGGAAGAAGCUGAGUGCGAGCUCCAAAGUGCACGUGGAGGCCGAGGGCUGCAGCAGGCGGCUGGUGGUGCAGCAGGUGGGCCAGGCGGACGCUGGGGAGUACAGCUGUGAGGCUGGAGGCCAGAAGGUGUCCUUCCACCUGGAUGUCACAGAGCCAUCUGUGGUGUUUGCCAAGGAGCAGCCAGCACGCAGGGAGGUGCAGGCCAAGGUGGGGGCCAGCGCCACCCUGAGCUGUGAGGUGGCCCAGGCCCAGACAGAGGUGACGUGGCACAAGGAUGGGAAGAAGCUGAGCGCGAGCUCCAAAGUGCACGUGGAGGCCAAGGGCUGCAGCAGGCGGCUGGUGGUGCAGCAGGUGGGCCAGGCGGACGCUGGGGAGUACAGCUGUGAGGCCGGGGGCCAGAAGGUGUCCUUCCGCCUGGACGUGGCAGAGCCGUCUGUGGUGUUUGCCAAGGAGCAGCCAGCACGCAGGGAGGUGCAGACCAAGGCGGGGGCCAGCGCCACCCUGAGCUGUGAGGUGGCCCAGGCCCAGACAGAGGUGACGUGGCACAAGGAUGGGAAGAAGCUGAGUGCGAGCUCCAAAGUGCACGUGGAGGCCAAGGGCUGCAGCAGGCGGCUGGUGGUGCAGCAGGUGGGCCAGGCGGAUGCUGGGGAGUACAGCUGUGAGGCCGGGGGCCAGAAGGUGUCCUUCCACCUGGACGUGGCAGAGCCGUCUGUGGUGUUUGCCAAGGAGCAGCCAGCACACAGGGAGGUGCAGGCCAAGGCGGGGGCCAGCGCCACCCUGAGCUGUGAGGUGGCCCAGGCCCAGACAGAGGUGACGUGGCACAAGGAUGGGAAGAAGCUGAGUGCGAGCUCCAAAGUGCACGUGGAGGCCAAGGGCUGCAGCAGGCGGCUGGUGGUGCAGCAGGUGGGCCAGGCGGACGCUGGGGAGUACAGCUGUGAGGCCGGGGGCCAGAAGGUGUCCUUCCACCUGGACGUGGCAGAGCCGGAGCCUGAACCCCCCGCCCUGGAGAGACCUGGCCGCAGGGAGCCUCUGGUGGUCAGGGAGCAUGAGGACAUUGUCCUGACUGCCACGCGGGUUACACCCUCUGUGGCCGCGGUGACGUGGCUCAAGGACGGUGUUGAGAUUCGCCGAAGCAAGCGGCACCAAACGGCCAGUCUGGGGGACACCCACACCCUGACCAUCCACAACGCGCAAACCCUGGACAGCGCGGUCUACAGCUGCCGUGUGGACGCAGAGGUGCAGGAUUUCCCCGUGCAGGUGGAAGAGGUGGCCGCCAAGUUCUGCCGGCCCCUGGAGCCCGUGAGCGGGGAGCUGGGCGGCGCAGCGACGCUGGUUUGCGAGCUGAGCCCGCCCCAGGCCGAGGUCGUGUGGCGCUGCGGGAGCACGCAGCUCCGGGCUGGCAAACGCUUCCAGAUUGAAGCGGCGGGGCCCCGGCGCUCGCUCACGGUGUCAGGCCUGCGGCUGGAGGAUGCGGGGGAGUACGCGUGUGAGACACGUGACGCCUGCACCAGCGCUCAGCUGACCGUCAGCACCCCCCGCACGGUCAAGUUCACGGCUGCGUUGAGCGCCGUGGUGGCGGAGGAAGGCCGCGAGGCCACCUUCCAGUGCGUGGUGUCCCCCGGCGAUGCGGCAGUCACGUGGUUCCGGGACGGCGCCUUGCUGCAGCCCAGUGAGAAGUUUCUCAUAGCGCAGAGGGGCGCCGGCCACAGCCUGACUAUCUCCGGCCUGACCCUGGAGGAUGCUGGCGAGAUCACUGCAGAGGCUGAGGGUGUCAAGUCCUCGGCUGCUCUUCGGGUGCGAGAGGCUCCGGUGCUGUUCAGAAAGAAGCUGGAACCCCAGACGGUGGAAGAGCGGAGCUCAGUGACCAUGGAAGUGGAGCUGACGCGGCCGUGGCCUGAGGUCAAGUGGACACGGAAUGCAAUAGCCCUGGCGCCAGGCAAGAACGUGGAGGUUCACGCGGAAGGCACCAGUCACCGCUUGGUUCUGCACUGCGUGGGUUUCUCGGACCGUGGCUUCUAUGGGUGCGAGACUCCGGACGACAAGACACAGGCCAAGCUCACCGUGGAAAUGCGCCAGGUCCGGCUGGUCCGGGGCCUGCAGGCCGCGGAGGCUUGGGAGCAGGGUGCCGUCAGCAUGGAGGUGAAGCUGUCACAUGACCACGUGGAGGGCAGCUGGACGCGUGAUGGCCUGCGGCUGCAGCCAGGGCCCACCUGCCAGCUAGCAGUGCAUGGCCCCAUUCACACCCUCACGCUGCUGGAGCUGCGGCCGCAGGACAGCGGCCUCAUCGCCUUCAAAGCCGAGGGGGUGCACACGUCUGCGCAGCUCAUGGUCACCGAGCUGCCUGUGAGGUUCAGCCGCCCCCUGCAGGACAUGGUGGCCACCGAGAAGGACAAGGUGACCCUGGAAUGUGAGCUGUCGCGCCCCAACGUGGAUGUGCGCUGGCUGAAGGACGGUGUGGAGCUGCGCGUGGGCAAGACAGUGGGCAUGGUGGCCCAGGGUGCGUGUCGGAGUCUCAUCAUUUACCGGUGUGAGCUCGGGGACCAGGGCGUGUACGUGUGUGAUGCCCACGAUGCUCAGAGCUCAGCCUCCCUGAAGGUGCAAGGUCGCAAGGUUCAGAUCGUGAGGCCCCUGGAAGAUGUGGAGGUGAUGGAGAAGGAGGGUGCCACAUUCUCCUGUGAGGUCUCUCUGGACGAGGUGCCGGCCCAGUGGUUUUGGGAGGGCAGUAAGCUUCGGCCCAGUGACAACGUGCGCAUCCGCCAGGAAGGAAGGAAAUACACUCUCAUCUACCGGAGGGUCCUGGCAGAAGAUGCAGGGGAGAUCAGAUUUGUUGCCGAAAGUGCAGAAUCGCGAGCGGAGCUCCGAGUGAAAGAGCUGCCGGUGGCCAUCCUGCGCCCGCUGCGGGACAAGAUAGCCAUGGAGAAGCACCGGGGCGUGCUGGAGUGCCAGAUGUCUCGCGCCAGCGCGCAGGUGCAGUGGUUCAAGGGCCCCGUGGAGCUGCGGCCCGGGCCCAAGUAUGAGAUGGUCAGUGACGGCCUCUACCGGAAGCUAAUCAUCAAGGAUGUGCAGCCCGAGGACGAGGACACCUACACCUGCGAUGCUGGGGACGCGAAGACCAGCGCCCAGUUCUUCGUGGAAGAGCAAUCCAUCACCAUCGUGCGCGGCCUGCAGGACGUCACGGUGAUGGAGCCCGCCCCCGCCUGGUUCGAGUGUGAGACGUCCAUUGCGUCGGUGCGGCCGCCCAAGUGGCUCCUGGGAAAGACGGUGCUGCGGGCCGGGGCCGACGUGGCCAUGGAGCAGGAAGGCACCGUGCACCGCCUGACGCUGCGGCGCACCUGCUCCACCAUGACGGGGCCCGUGCACUUCACCAUCGGCAAGUCGCGCUCCACCGCGCGCCUGGCAGUUUCGGACAUCCCCAUGGUGCUCACGCGGCCGCUGGAGCCCAAGGCGGGGCGCGAGCAGCAGUCGGUGGUCCUGUCCUGCGACUUCAGGCCAUCCCCCAAGGCCGUGCAGUGGUACAAGGAGGACACGCCGUUGGCGCCCUCUGAGAAGUUCAGGAUGAGGCUGGAGGGCCACAUGGCGGAGCUGCGCAUCCUCCGCCUCACGCCCGCCGACGCGGGCCUCUACCGCUGCCAGGCCGGCAGCGCCCAGAGCAGCGCUGCGGUCACCGUGGAAGCGCGCGAGGUCACAGUGACGCAGCCGAUGCAGGACGCAGAAGUCACGGAGGAGGGCCGGGCCUGUUUCUCGUGCGAGCUGUCCCAGGAGGACGAGGAGGUGGAGUGGUCGCUCAACGGCGCGCCUCUGUACGGCGACAGCUUCCAUGAGAUCGCCCACGAGGGCCGGCGCCACACGCUGGUGCUGAAGCGGGUUCGGCGGGCGGACGCGGGCACCGUGCGCGCCCGCUCCCCCAAGGUGUCGGCCACUGCCCGCCUGGAGGUCAAAGCCAAGCCGGUGGUGUUCCUGAAGGCUCUGGACGAUGUGUCCGCGGAGGAGCGGGGCACGCUGGCCCUGCAGUGUGAGGUCUCGGACCCCCAGGCCCGCGUGGUGUGGCGAAAGGACAGCGUGGAGCUGGGCCCCAGCGACAAGUACGACUUCCUGCACACGGCGGGCACGCGCGGGCUCGUGGUGCAUGACCUGAGCCGGGACGACGCCGGCCUCUACACUUGCAGCGUGGGCUCCGAGGAGACCCGCGCCAGAGUCAGUGUGCACGACCUGCACGUGGGCAUCACCAAGAGGCUGAAGACGGUGGAGGUACUGGAGGGCCAGAGCUGCAGCUUUGAGUGUGUCCUGUCCCACGAGAACACCGGCGAUGUGGCCACAUGGACAGUGGGUGGGAAGACGGCGGGUGGCUCGGGCCGCUUCCGGGCCACACGCCAGGGCCGCAAGUACACCCUGGCUGUCCAGGAUGCUGCUCCUAGUGAUGCUGGGGAGGUGGUGUUCUCCGUGCGGGACCUCACCUCCAAGGCCUCCCUCAUUGUCCGAGAGAGGCCAGCGCAUAUCACGAAGCCGCUGGAAGGCCAGCGGGCUGCUGCGGGCGAGGAUGUGGUGCUGAGCUGCGAGCUGUCUCGGGCCGGCGCCCCGGUGCGCUGGCUGAGGGCUGGGAAGGCCAUUCGCGAGAGUCAGAAGUAUGACCUGGUCACAGAAGGCACUCGGGCCAUGCUGGUGGUCCGUGCGGUCUCACCCAAGGACUCAGGCGAAUACACGUGUGAGACAGAGGCUUCCAAGAGCACAGCGAGCCUCCUUGUGGAAGAAAAGGCAAACCGAUUCACAGAGGAGCUGGCCGAUCUGCAGGCAGAGGAGAAGGGCACGGCCGUGUUCGUGUGUAAGACAGAGCUUCCCGCAGCCACGGUGACCUGGCGCAAGGGCCUCGCGGACCUGCGUGCCUCAAGGAAGUACACCCCCAGCCAGGAGGGCCUGACCUUGAAGCUCACCAUCAGUGCCCUGGACAAGGCAGACGCUGACAUCUACAGCUGUGACAUUGGCCAGGCCUGUUCACAGGCCCGGCUCCUGGUGCAAGGCCAGAGAGUGCUCAUCACAGAGGAUCUGGAGGACAUGGAGGUGCGCGAGGGCUCCUCAGCCACCUUCUCCUGCCGCGUCUCCCCUGCCGACUACGGGCCGGUGCACUGGUUCUUGGACAAGACGCCCCUGCACCCCAACGAGCUCAAUGAGAUUGAGGUUCAGCCAGGUGGUUACCACGUGCUCACCCUGCGGCAGCUUGCUCUCAAGGACUCAGGCACCGUCCAUUUCGAGGCAGGGGACCAGCGGGCCUCGGCCACCCUGCGGGUCACAGAAAAGCCAAGCGUCUUCUCCCGCGAGCUCACAGAUGCUACAGUCACAGAGGGGGAGGAUCUGACCCUGGUCUGUGAGACCACCGCCCUGGACAGCCCCGUGUGCUGGACCAAGGACGGGAAAGCCCUGCGGCCAUCAGCCCGUUGCCAGCUGAGCCAGGAGGGCCACCAGGCCCAGCUGGUCAUUACCGGCGCCACCCUGCAGGACGGCGGGCGCUACAGGUGUGAGUCCGGGGGCUCCUGGAGCAGCUCCAUUGUCAGGGUCCAUGCACGGCCGGCACGCUUCCAGGAGGGGCUGAAGGACCUGGAGGUGCUGGAGGGCGGGGCUGCCACUCUGCGCUGCAUGCUGUCCUCUGUGGUCACGCCCGUGGAGUGGCGCCGUGGAGACGAGGCUCUGCGGCCCGGAGGCAAGUACAGCUUGCGUCAGGAGGGCACUGUGCUGGAGCUGGUGGUCAGGGACCUGCGGCCCCAGGACAGCGGGCAGUAUUCCUGCUGCUUCAGGGACCAGAUGACCUUGGCCACACUCACUGUGAAGGCCCUGCCUGCUGAGUUCAUAGGGAGACUGAGAAGCAAGGAGGCCACGGAAGGGGCCACGGCCACGCUGCACUGUGAGCUGAGCAAGGAGGCCCCUGUGGAGUGGAGGAAGGGCUCUGAGACCCUCAGAGCUGGGGACAGAGUCAGCCUGAAGCAGGACGGGGCCGUGUGUGAGCUGGAGAUCCGUGGCCUGGCCGUGGCAGAUGCCGGGGAGUACUCGUGCGUGUGCGGGCAGGAGAGGACGUCGGCCACACUGACUGUCAGGGCCCUGCCCCCCAAGUUCACCAAGGGCCUGAGGAAGGAAGAGGCCACGGAAGGGGCCACAGCCACGCUGCUCUGUGAGCUGAGCAAGGCGGCCCGUGUGGAGUGGAGGAAGGGGUCUGAGACACUCAGAGCUGGGGACAGAGUCAGCCUGAGGCAGGAUGGGACCGUGUGUGAGCUGGAGAUCCGUGGCCUGGCCGUGGCAGAUGUUGGGGAGUAUUCGUGUGUGUGCGGGCAGGAGAGGACAUCGGCCACACUGACCAUCAGGGCCCUGCCUGCCAAGUUCACAAAAAGUCUGAAGACUGAGGAGGCCACAGAAGGGGACACGGCCACGCUGAGGUGUGAGCUGAGCAAGUCAGCCCCUGUGCAGUGGAAGAAGGGGCCCGAGACCCUCAGAGCUGGGGACAGAGUCAGCCUGAGGCAGGAUGGGACCGUGUGUGAGCUGGAGAUCCGUGGCCUGGCCGUGGCAGAUGCUGGGGAGUAUUCGUGUGUGUGCGGGCAGGAGAGGACAUCGGCCACGCUGACCGUCAGGGCCCUGCCUGCUAAGUUCACCAAGGGCCUGAGAAAGGAAGAGGCCACGGAAGGGGCCACAGCCUCGCUGCACUGUGAGCUGAGCAAGGCGGCCCCUGUGGAGUGGAGGAAGGGGUCUGAGACACUCAGAGCUGGGGACAGAGUCAGCCUGAGGCAGGAUGGGACCGUGUGUGAGCUGGAGAUCCGUGGCCUGGCUGUGGCAGAUGCUGGGGAGUACUCGUGUGUGUGCGGGCAGGAGAGGACAUCGGCCACGCUGACCGUCAGGGCCCUACCUGCCAAGAUCACAAAAAGUCUGAAGACUGAGGAGGCCACAGAAGGGGACACGGCCACGCUGAGGUGUGAGCUGAGCAAGUCAGCCCCUGUGCAGUGGAAGAAGGGGCCCGAGACCCUCAGAGCUGGGGACAGAGUCAGCCUGAGGCAGGAUGGGACCGUGUGUGAGCUGGAGAUCCGUGGCCUGGCCGUGGCAGAUGCUGGGGAGUAUUCGUGUGUGUGCGGGCAGGAGAGGACAUCGGCCACGCUGACCGUCAGGGCCCUGCCUGCCAAGUUCACAAAAAGUCUGAAGACUGAGGAGGCCACAGAAGGGGACACGGCCACGCUGAGGUGUGAGCUGAGCAAGUCAGCCCCUGUGCAGUGGAAGAAGGGGCCCGAGACCCUCAGAGCUGGGGACAGAGUCAGCCUGAGGCAGGAUGGGACCGUGUGUGAGCUGGAGAUCCGUGGCCUGGCUGUGGCAGAUGCUGGGGAGUACUCGUGUGUGUGCGGGCAGGAGAGGACAUCGGCCACGCUGACCGUCAGGGCCCUGCCUGCCAAGUUCACAAAAAGUCUGAAGACUGAGGAGGCCACAGAAGGGGACACGGCCACGCUGAGGUGUGAGCUGAGCAAGUCAGCCCCUGUGCAGUGGAAGAAGGGGCCCGAGACCCUCAGAGCUGGGGACAGAGUCAGCCUGAGGCAGGAUGGGACCGUGUGUGAGCUGGAGAUCCAUGGCCUGGCCGUGGCAGAUGCUGGGGAGUACUCGUGUGUGUGCGGGCAGGAGAGGACAUCGGCCACGCUGACCGUCAGGGCCCUGCCUGCCAAGUUCACAAAAAGUCUGAAGACUGAGGAGGCCACAGAAGGGGACACGGCCACGCUGAGGUGUGAGCUGAGCAAGUCAGCCCCUGUGCAGUGGAAGAAGGGGCCCGAGACCCUCAGAGCUGGAGACAGAGUCAGCCUGAGGCAGGAUGGGACCGUGUGUGAGCUGGAGAUCCGUGGCCUGGCCGUGGCAGAUGCUGGGGAGUAUUCGUGUGUGUGCGGGCAGGAGAGGACAUCGGCCACGCUGACCGUCAGGGCCCUGCCUGCUAAGUUCACCAAGGGCCUGAGGAAGGAAGAGGCCAUGGAAGGGGCCACAGCCAUGCUGCACUGUGAGCUGAGCAAGGCGGCCCCUGUGGAGUGGAGGAAGGGGUCUGAGACCCUCAGAGCUGGGGACAGAGUCAGCCUGAGGCAGGAUGGGACCGUGUGUGAGCUGGAGAUCCGUGGCCUGGCCGUGGCAGAUGCUGGGGAGUAUUCGUGUGUGUGCGGGCAGGAGAGGACAUCGGCCACGCUGACCGUCAGGGCCCUGCCUGCCAAGUUCACAAAAAGUCUGAAGACUGAGGAGGCCACAGAAGGGGACACGGCCACGCUGAGGUGUGAGCUGAGCAAGUCAGCCCCUGUGCAGUGGAAGAAGGGGCCCGAGACCCUCAGAGCUGGGGACAGAGUCAGCCUGAGGCAGGAUGGGACCGUGUGUGAGCUGGAGAUCCGUGGCCUGGCCGUGGCAGAUGCUGGGGAGUACUCGUGUGUGUGCGGGCAGGAGAGGACAUCGGCCACGCUGACCGUCAGGGCCCUGCCUGCCAAGUUCACAAAAAGUCUGAAGACUGAGGAGGCCACAGAAGGGGACACGGCCACGCUGAGGUGUGAGCUGAGCAAGUCAGCCCCUGUGCAGUGGAAGAAGGGGCCCGAGACCCUCAGAGCUGGGGACAGAGUCAGCCUGAGGCAGGAUGGGACCGUGUGUGAGCUGGAGAUCCGUGGCCUGGCCGUGGCAGAUGCUGGGGAGUAUUCGUGUGUGUGCGGGCAGGAGAGGACAUCGGCCACGCUGACCGUCAGGGCCCUGCCUGCUAAGUUCACCAAGGGCCUGAGGCAGGAAGAGGCCAUGGAAGGGGCCACAGCCAUGCUGCACUGUGAGCUGAGCAAGGCGGCCCCUGUGGAGUGGAGGAAGGGGUCUGAGACCCUCAGAGCUGGGGACAGAGUCAGCCUGAGGCAGGAUGGGACCGUGUGUGAGCUGGAGAUCCGUGGCCUGGCCGUGGCAGAUGCUGGGGAGUAUUCGUGUGUGUGCGGGCAGGAGAGGACAUCGGCCACGCUGACCGUCAGGGCCCUGCCUGCCAAGUUCACAAAAAGUCUGAAGACUGAGGAGGCCACAGAAGGGGACACGGCCACGCUGAGGUGUGAGCUGAGCAAGUCAGCCCCUGUGCAGUGGAAGAAGGGGCCCGAGACCCUCAGAGCUGGGGACAGAGUCAGCCUGAGGCAGGAUGGGACCGUGUGUGAGCUGGAGAUCCGUGGCCUGGCUGUGGCAGAUGCUGGGGAGUAUUCGUGUGUGUGCGGGCAGGAGAGGACAUCGGCCACGCUGACUGUCAGGGCUCCACAGGUGGUAUUCAGGGAGCCGCUCCAGAGCCUGCAGGCUGAGGAGGGCACCUCAGUCACGCUGCGGUGCGAGCUGUCUCAGCCCAAUGCCGCCGUGGUCUGGAGCAAGGGCGGCCUGGAGUUGCAGGCUGAUGGGCGCAGGGAGCCUCGGCAGCGGGGCCCCACGGUGGAGCUUGUCCUGCGGGACCUGCGCCGGGAGGACUCGGGAGAAUACACAUGUGCCUGUGGACCCCAGUCCACCAGUGUAACCCUCACCGUUACAGCUGCACCUGCGCGGUUCCUCAGGGAGCUGCAGGCCCAGGAGGUGGACGAGGGAGCCACGGCGCGCCUGCACUGCGAGUUGAGCCGGGAGGGCGCCAGCGUGGAGUGGCGCAAGGGUUCCCUGCAGCUCUUCCCCUGCGCCAAGUACCAGAUGGUGCAGGAGGGGAGGACCGCCGAGCUGCUGGUGCGUGGCGCAGAGCAGGAGGACGCCGGCCACUACACCUGUGACGCUGGCCACACGCAGAGCACUGCCAGCCUCUCUGUCCGAGCCCCCAGGCCCACAUUCCAGGAGGAGCUGCAGAGCACGGAGCAGGAGGCGGGCGGUGUGGCCCAGCUUCGCUGCCAGCUGAGCGAGGCAGAGACCGGAGUCCCAGUGCAGUGGCUCAAGGAGGGGGUGGAGCUGCACAGGAGCCCCAAAUACGAGAUAAGGCGCCUGGGGACCACAUGCGAGCUGCUGAUCCACGGGCUGGAGGCCAAGGACACGGGCGAGUAUGUCUGCGUGGCCGGUGGUCAGAAAACCGUGGCCUCUGUCAUGGUCAAAGAGCCAGAGGUGACCAUUGUGCGGGGUCUGGUGGAUGCUGAGGCGCAGGUCGACGGGGACGUGGAGUUCACCUGCGAGGUGUCACGGGAUGGGGUCGCGGAGGUGGAGUGGCGCCUCCAGGGCCUGCCCUUGCAGAGCAACGAGGUGACGGAGGUGUCCGUGCGGGGUGGCCGCACCCACACGCUCCGGCUGAAGGGCGUGACACCCGAGGAUGCAGGCACCGUCUCCUUCCACGUGGGCGUCCACACGUCCUCUGCGCAGCUCACUGUCCAAGUCCCUGAGGUGACCAUUAUGGAGCCCCUGCAGGACCUGCAGCUCAGCGAGGGCCAGGACGCCCACUUCCGGUGCCAGCUGUCCAGGGCCUCCGGCCAGGGGGCCCGCUGGGCCCUGGGAGGGGUGCCCCUGCAGGCCAAUGAGAUGAACGACAUCACUGUGGAGCACGGCACGCUCCACCUCCUCACCCUGCACAAGGUGACCCUGGAGGAUGCUGGAACCAUCAGUUUCCAAGUGGGCUCGUGUAGCUCGGAGGCCCAGUUAAAGGUCACAGAGGCGGCACCAUGCCUGGUACGUGGCUUGCAGAACGUGGACGUCUUUGCGGGGGAGGUGGCCACGUUCUCCUGUGAGGUGUCCCGCGCGGGUGGGCCGGAGGCCCGCUGGUGGCUGGAUGGCACCCUGCUGCAGGAUGGCCCCCAGAGCGCCAUCUCCGUGCGCGGCGGGACCCUCCACUCCCUCACACUCUCGGGCCUGGGGGUUGCUGACUCAGGCACCAUCACCUACCGCGCAGGGCCCCUGGUCUCCACGGCCAAGUUGUUGGUCAAAGAUCCCACGGUGGAAGUGGUCAGUGCCAUGCAGGACCUGGUGGUGGAGGAGGGCGGCCGGGCCGAGCUCCUCUGCCAGUACUCGCGGCCGGUGCAGGCCACGUGGAAGAUGGACGAUCAGGAGGUGCGGGCCGACGGGCGCCGUGUCAUCAUAGAGCAGGACUGGACCGUGGCCAGGCUGUCCUUCCAGCCGGCCUUGCCUUACGACAGUGGCAUCUAUUCUUGCGAGGCUGCAGGCACCCGGGUGGUGGCCCUGCUGCAUGUGCAAGCCAAGAACAGCGUGGUGCGCGGCCUGGAGAACGUGGACGCCCUGGAAGGCGGCGAGGCGCUGUUCGAGUGCCGGCUGUCGCGCCCCGAGGUGGCCGCCCACACCUGGCUGCGGGACGACGAGCCCGUGCAGACCUCCGAGAACGCGGAGGUGGUCUACUUGGAGAACGGCCUGCGGCACCUACUGCUACUUAAGAACCUGCGGGUGCAGGACACCUGCCGGGUGACCUUCCUGGCUGGGGGCGUGGUGACGUCCGCGUUCCUCACAGUCAGAGGCUGGCGCCUGGACGUGCUGGAGCCGCCGCGGGACGCCGCGGUGCGAGCCGGCGGGCGGGCCAGCUUUGGCUGCACGCUCAGCGAGGCGGUGUCGGUGGGCGAGGCGACCUGGUACAUCAACGGGGCCGCCGUGCAGCCGGACGACCCCGACUGGAUGGUCACCGCGGACGGCAGCCACCACACCUUGCUGCUGCGCGCUGCCCAGCCGCACCACGCUGGCGAGGUCACCUUCGCCGCCCGCGACGCCGUGGCCUCCGCGCGGCUCACCGUGUUGGGCGUCCCGGACCCCCCAGAGGACGCUGAGGUGGUGGCGCGAAGCGGCCGCUCGGUGACGCUGUCAUGGGUGGCCCCUGCAAGCGACGGCGGCGGCGGUCUCUGUGGCUAUCGGGUGGAGCUGAAGGCGGCCUCCACGGGCGAGUGGCGGCUGUGCCACGAACUGGUGCCCGGGCCCGAGUGCGUGGUGGACGGCCUGGCCCCUGGGGAGACGUACCGCUUCCGCGUGGCGGCUGUGGGCCCGGCGGGGGCUGGGGAGCCGGUGUACCUGCCACAGACAGUGAGGCUCGAGCCCCAGGAGCCUGAGCCUGGGCCCCCGGCUCCCGCGCCCCCCGCUCCUACGCCCCCGGCUCCCGCACGCCCCGCUCCCGCGCCCCCGGCUCCCGCGCCCCCAGCUCCCGAGAGCCGGCAGGUGGCUGCUGGCGAGGACGUGUGUCUGGAGUGCGAGGUGGCCGAGGCGGGUGAGGUCGUCUGGCUGAAGGGGACGGAGCUCAUCCAACCGAGCGGGCGCUUCCAGGUUCUCUGCCAGGCUCAGCGGCAGAUGCUGGUCAUCCGGGGCUUCUCCGCGGAGGACCAGGGCGAGUACCGCUGCCGCCUCGCCCAGGACCCCAACUCCUCUGCAGCUGCCUCCUUCCAGGUGGUGCUGACCCCAGGAUCUGGGGAUGAGGCCCCUGCGCAGCCCAGCCUCCCCCCUGAGGCAGCCCAGGAGGGUGACCUGCACCUGCUGUGGGAGGCCCUGGCCCGGAAGCGCCGCAUGAGCCGUGAGCCCACACUGGACUCCAUCAGUGAGCUGCCCGAGGAGGAUGGUCGGUCGCGGUGCCUGCGGCAUGAGCCAGAAGAAGCAGCCCGUGACCUCUCUGAGGACUACUCCACAGCUGAUGAGCUGGCACGUUCCAGCGAGGCCGACCUCUCACACACCAGCUCUGAUGACGAGUCCCGGACAGGCACUCCUUCCCUGGUUACCUACCUCAAGAAGGCUGGGCGGCCCAGCACCUCACCACUAGUCAGCAAGGUUGGGGGCCCCACGGUCCCACCUGGGAAGCCACAGGAGCAUCAAGAGCAGCCAGCUGCCGUUUGCCCACCACCAGGAGACCUGAGUGACCCCUCCAUGGACAAGGCAGCUGUGAAGAUCCAGGCUGCCUUCAAGGGUUACAAGGUCCGCAAGGAGAUGAAGCAGCAGGAGGGACCUGUGUUCUCCCGCACAUUUGGGGAUACCGAGGCACAGGUGGGGGAUGUCCUGCGUCUGGAGUGUGUGGUGUCCAGCAAGGUGGAUGUGCGUGCUCGCUGGCUGAAGGAUGGCAUGGAGCUGACGGACGGCCGGCACCACCACAUCGACCAGCUCGCGGACGGCACCUGCUCCCUGCUGGUCACGGGCCUGGGCCGGGCUGAUGCUGGCCGCUACACCUGUCAGGUGAGCAGCAAGUUUGGCCAUGUGGCCCACAGCGCUUGUGUGGUGGUCAGCGGGACCGAGAGCGAGGCAGAGAGCUCCUCAGGGGGUGAGCUGGACGAAGCCUUUCGCCGGGCGGCCCGGCGGCUGCACCGUCUCUUCCACACCAAGAGCCCGGCUGAGGUUUCAGACGAAGAGAUCUUCCUCAGUGCAGAUGAGGGCUCAGCACAGCCCGAGGAGCCUGGGGACUGGCAGACGUACCACGAAGAUGAGCACUUCAUCUGCAUCCGCUUCGAGUCGCUUGCCGAGUCCCACCGUGCGGCCACCUGCUUCCGGGAGGUGUUUGGCACCAUGGGCAUCGGGGUGGACAUCAGCCUGUUGGAGCAGGGGCCCCGGGGGGUGGAGAUGCGCAUCAGCAAGGUGGGUCCUGCCCCUGCCGCGCCUCAGGAGAUGGUGCCCCGCCCGCUGACUGCAGAGGCCGCCCCAGUGUUCCUGACUGGGCUGCAGGAUCAGGAGGUGCAGGACGGCUACCCCGUGAGCUUUGACUGCGUGGUGACAGGCCAGCCCGUGCCCACCGUGUGCUGGUUCAAGGAUGGAAGGAUGCUGGAGGAGGAUGACCACUAUAUGAUCAGUGAGGACCAGCAGGGCGGCCACCAGCUCAUCAUCACAGCCGUGGUGCCGACAGACAUGGGCGUCUACCGCUGCAUGGCUGAGAACAGCGUGGGCGUGUCCUCCACGAAGGCGGAGCUCCGCGUGGACCUGACCAGCACAGACUAUGAAACUGCAGCUGAUGCCACGGAGACCUCCUCUUACUUCAGCGCCCAAGGCUACCUGUCCAGCCGGGAGCAAGAGGGCAUGGAAUCUACCUCAGAGGAGGGUCAGCUGCCCCAGGUGGUGGAGGAACUGAAGGACCUCCAGGUGGCCCCCGGCACACGCCUAGCCAAGUUCCAGCUCAAGGUGAAAGGCUACCCAGCACCCCGACUGUACUGGUUCAAAGACGGGCAGCCCCUGACGGCUUCUGAGCACAUCCGCAUGGCUGACAGGAAGACGCUUCACACCCUGGAGGUCCUGUCGGUCACCAGUGAGGACGCCGGCCAGUACUCAGCCUACAUUGGCAACAGCGUGGGCGCCGCCUACUCGUCUGCCCGGCUGCUGGUCCGGGGCCCCAAAGAUCCUGAAGAGAAGCCAGCCUCAGAUGCACACCAACAGCUGGUGCCGCCCCGAUUCCUGGAAAGAUUCGCCUCCAAGAAAGUGAAGAAAGGCUCCAGCAUCACUUUCUCAGUAAAGGUGGAAGGCUGCCCCGCCCCAGCCGUGCACUGGCUGCAGGAGGAAGCCGAGCGGGGCGUGCUGUGGAUCAGCCGUGACACGCCGGGCUACACGGUGGCCAGCUCUGCCCAGCAACACAGUCUGGUCCUGCUGGACGUGGGCCGGCAGCAUCGGGGCACCUACACCUGCAUUGCUACCAACGCGGCCGGCCAGGCCCUCUGCUCCGCCAGCCUGCACGUCUCUGGCUUGCCCAAGGAGGCGGGGGCGGCGGAUGAGCAUGCUGGGGGGAAGGAGGUCCUCAUCUCCAGCUUCCUGCAGGGGACCCAAGCUGUGUCUACACAGAUGUCAGAGCCUGUGGGGUUCGCUGAUCUUGCCGGACCGAGGAAAGCAGAGCCCACGGUGGUGGAGGCCCGUGGCCACAUGUCCCUGGCCGAGGUGGGCACGGAGGAGUUCUUGCAGAAGCUCACGUCCCAGAUCACCGAGAUCGUGUCAGCCAAGAUCACACAGGCCAAGCUGCAGGUGCCUGGAGGUGACAGCGAUGAGGAAUCCAAGACGCCGUCUGCAUCCCCCUGGCACGGCCGUUCCCGUCCCUCCUCCAGCGUCCAGGAGUCGUCCUCAGAGUCAGAGGACGGGGACUCCCGAGGCGAGAUCUUCGAUAUCUACGUGGUCACAGCUGACUACCUGCCCCUGGGGGCCGAGCAGGACGCCAUCUCACUGCGGGAGGGCCAGUAUGUGGAGGUGUUGGACUCGGCCCACCCACUGCGCUGGCUUGUGCGCACCAAGCCCACCAAGUCCAGCCCCUCGAGGCAAGGCUGGGUGUCCCCUGCCUACCUGGACAAGCGGCUCAAGCUGUCACCCGAGUGGGGGCCCACGGAGACCCCCGAGUUCCCCGGGGAGGCCGUGUCUGAGGAUGAAUACAAGACAAGGUUGAGCUCCAUCAUCCAGGAGCUGCUGAGCUCCGAGCAGGCCUUUGUGGGCAAGCUGCAGUUCCUGCAGGACCACCACAUUCAGCACCUGGAGCGAUGCCCCCACGUGCCCCCGGCCGUGGCCAACCAGAAGGCAGUCAUCUUCCGCAACGUGCAGGACAUCAGCCACUUCCACAGCAGCUUCCAGCGGGAGCUGCAGACCUGUGACACAGACGACGAUGUGGCCAUGUGCUUCAUCAAGAACCAGGAGGCCUUUGAGAAGUACCUGGAGUUCCUGGUGGGCCGCGUGCAGGCCGAGUCCGCGGUGGUCAGCACGGCUGUGCAGGACUUCUACAAGAAAUACACGGAGGAGGUGCUGUCCGCCGCGGACCCGUCGCAGCCGCCCCCACCGCCCCUGCAGCACUUCCUGGAGCGGCCAGUGCAGCGCGUCCAGCAGUACCAGGCCCUGCUCAAGGAGCUGAUCCGCAACAAGGCGAGGAACGGGCAGAACUGCGCGCUGCUGGAGCAGGCCUACGCGCUCGUGUCCGCCCUGCCGCAGCGCGCCGAGAACCAGCUGCACGUGUCGCUCAUGGAGAACUACCCGGGCACCCUGGAGGCCCUGGGCGAGCCCAUCCGCCAGGGCCACUUCAUCGUGUGGGAGGGGGCGCCGGGCGCGCGGAUGCCCUGGAAGGGCCAUCACCGCCACGUCUUCCUGUUCCGCCACCACCUGGUUGUUUGCAAGACCAAAAGGGAUUCCCGCACCGACACCUUCAGUUACGUCUUCCGAAACAUGAUGAAGCUGAGCAGCAUCGACCUGAACGACCAGGUGGAGGGUGACGACCGUGCUUUCGAGAUCUGGCACGAGCGGGAGGACUCGGUGCGCAAGUACCUGCUGCAGGCGCGCACGGUCAUCACCAAGAACUCGUGGGUGAAGGAGAUCUGCGGCAUCCAGCAGCGCCUGGCCCUGCCCGUGUGGCAUCCCCCAGAUUUCGAAGAGGAGCUGGCGGACUGCACAGCAGAGCUGGGCGAGACCGUGAAGCUGGCCUGCCGUGUGACGGGCACCCCCAAGCCCAUUGUCAGCUGGUACAAAGAUGGGAAGCCAGUGGAGGUGGAUCCGCACCACAUCCUCAUUGAAGACCCCGAUGGCUCAUGUGCCCUCAUCCUGGACAACCUGACUGGUGUGGACUCGGGCCAGUACAUGUGCUUUGCGGCUAGUGCCGCCGGCAAUGCGAGCACUCUGGGCAAGAUCCUGGUGCAAGUACCCCCACGAUUUGUGAAAAAGGUCCGGGCGGUUCCUUUUGUGGAGGGAGAGGAUGCGCAGGUCACCUGCACCAUUGAAGGUGCCCCACACCCUCAGAUCAGGUGGUACAAGGAUGGGGCCCUGAUAACACCCAGCAGCAAGUACCGAACCCUGAGUGAGCCCCGCAGCGGUCUGCUGGUGCUGGAGAUCCUGACAGCCAGCAAGGACGACCUGGGCCAUUAUGAGUGCGAGUUGGUGAACCGGCUGGGCUCUGCGAGGGGCGGGGCAGAGCUGUGCAUGCAGAGCCCUGCUGUGCGGGCCCGGGAACAGCUUCACAGGGAGCAGCUUGCAGCCAUGGAAGAUGCUGCUGUCCAUCCCACAGUUGCCCUGGAGCCAGCAGACCAGGAGGUCACAGUGUGCACCAAGGCUCCAGGACCCUCCACGGGGGACCACGCUGGCCCCAGCACUGGCCCUGGGGGGCCACCCAAACUCCAGGACGCUGGCCCCCAACUCCCAGGCAUGGAAGAUGCAGAUGCAUCUGGUGAGGCCCAGCGGCCUCAGGCUGACCACCCAGUGCCACCUGCUGUCAGAGUCCCCCCUGUGCUGGCCCCAACCUUGGCCACCCCAGUUGAGCCCCAGAAAGUGCCACAGCCUCUCCCCCAGGAGGGCCAGGAGCAGGACUCAGGGGCCCAUGCUGAGGGCCAGGGACGCAUCGUGCCCAUCCGGAUGGAGGGCACAGCCUGGCCGGGGGCAGGCACAGUGGAGCUGUGGGACGUCCACAGCCAAGUGUUCAUGGAGACCACCCAUAGGACAUACGUGUACCAGGCCAGCAACACAGCUGCCGCAAGGCCCCCGUCCAUGCAGGUCACCAUCGAAGAUGUGCAGGCACAGAAGGGCAGCACAGCCCAGUUCCAGGCGGUCAUUGAGGGCAACCCGCAGCCCAUGGUGACCUGGUACCGGGACGAUGCCCAGCUGGUGGAUGGCGCCCGGCUCAGCCAGCAGCAGGAGGGGACCACCUACUCCCUGGUGCUGAGCGAUGUGACCCAGCACGACGCUGGUGUCUACACAUGCCUGGCCCGCAACGCUGGUGGCCAGGUGAUGUGUAAAGCGGAGCUCAUAGUCCACGGGGGAGACAGCGAGCCGGACUCAGCGAAGCAAAGCUAUCGAAGGAAACUGCGCUCUUUCUACGAGGUCAAGGAGGAAAUUGGAAGGGGCGUGUUUGGCUUCGUGAAGAGGGUGCAGCACAAGGGAAACCAGAUGUCCUGUGCAGCCAAGUUCAUCCCCUUGCGGAGCAGGACGCGCACCCAUGCGUACCGCGAGCGGGACAUCCUGGCCACGCUGAGCCACCCACUGGUCACCCGGCUGCUGGACCAGUUUGAGACCCGGAAGACCCUGAUCCUUGUCCUGGAGCUGUGCUCGUCAGAGGACCUGCUGGACCGUCUGUUCAAGAAGAGUGUGGUGACAGAGGCUGAGGUCAAGGUGUAUGUCCAGCAGCUGGUGGAGGGGCUCCAUUACCUGCAUGGCCGCAGCACUCUCCACCUGGACAUAAAGCCCCCCAACAUCCUGAUGGUGCAUCCUGUUCGGGAAGACAUUAAAAUCUGCGACUUUGGCUUUGCCCAAAAAAUCACCCCAGGAGAGCCACAGUACAGCAAGUAUGGCUCCCCGGAGUUUGUGUCCCCGGAGAUCAUUGAGCAGACCCCUGUGAGCGAGGCCUCCGACAUCUGGGCCAUGGGGGUCGUCUCCUACCUCAGCCUGACCUGCUCGUCACCAUUUGCUGGUGAGAGUGACCGAGCCACGCUCCUGAAUGUACUGGAGGGGCGGGUGUCCUGGAGCAGCCCUGCGGCUGCCCACCUCAGCGAGGAUGCCCAGGACUUCAUCACGGCUGCCCUGCGGAGGGCCCCAGAGGCCCGGCCCAGUGCAGCCAAGUGCCUCGCCCACCCCUGGUUCCAGAAGUCCGUGCCCGCAGAGGAGGCCCACUUCAUCAACACCAAGCAACUCAAGUUCCUGCUGGCUCGCAGCCGUUGGCAGCGCUCCCUGAUGAGCUACAAGUCCAUCCUGGUGAUGCGCUCCAUCCCCGAGCUGCUCCAGGGCCCUCCCGACAGCCCAUCCCUCGGGGUGGCCCGGUACCUGCGGGGCGACGCCAGCAGCUCGUCGUCCUCGUCCUCCGACAACGAGCGGGCGCCUGUCGCCCGAGCCAGAUCGCUGCCGCCCUCCCCGGUGGCCCACUCCCCGCUGCUGCGCCCUCGGGGCUUCCUGCGGCCGUCCGCCAGCCUGCCCGAGGAGGCCGCGCCUCCGCCCACGCCGGCGCCCCGCGCGGAGGCGCCCGCCGCCCGGGGCUGCGUUGCGCGGCAGAGCGACCUCCGCUGUCUCUUGUGCCAGCAGGCGGGCGAGGGCCCGGAGCGCGGAGGCCCCGCCGCGGGCGGCCGGCGGCACCUGCUCACGGGCGGCUACUUCGCCCGCGCCCUGCCCGGCCUGCGAGAGCCGCUGCUGGAGCAGGGCGCGCGGGAGGAGGCGGCCGCCCUGCGGCUGCCGGGCUGCAGCGCCCGCGGGGCCCCCGGCCGCGGCCGCUCCCUGGAGCUCGGCCGGCCGCCCCCCGCCAGCGCGGCGCCUGAGGCCGGUGGCGGAGCGCAGCGCCGUGGCCCGGGCCGCUCGGACCUCCAGGCGGACUCCGGGGAGAGCUGGCCGGGAGGGCUCUCCCGUGCCAGGGACACGGAGCGUCCGGAGGGGUCCCGGCAGGAGCCGGGACUAUUUCCGUGCACCGGUGGCGACCCGGGGUUCACUCGGCAAGAGGGGUCAUCUCAGGACAGCCGCGGGGGGCAGGCCGCGCCUUCCUUUCAUCCCCAGAGGAGUCCUGCUCCCCAGGAAGGCUGUGGCCGCCCUCAGGCUGUUACACCACAACCUUCUGGCUCCUUCCCUGCAAAGCAGUGCACGGGGUCCCUCCUGGCACCCUUGAGCUCCUCCCUCUCUCCGGCCAAAGGAAGCCCCCAGCCGGCCUCUAAGAAGGGACCAAAGGACACCCCUCUCCCUGGGAGGCCGAGUCCCCCCAGCUCCCCAGGGCUGGCCUCCGCAGUGGGCGCACAGCCUGGCCCCUCCCAGGCUGCGGAGCCGGAAGACGCCUCAGAGUCUGAGCCCAGCCCGCAGCGCCCUCAGGAGCAGACCACCGCGCGCAAGUUCUCACUGGGGGCGAGCUGUGGGGGCUACGCGGGAGUGGCAGGCUACGGCACCUUUGCCUUUGGCGGGGACGCGGGAGGCAUGCUGGGGCAGGGUCCCCUGUGGGCCAGGAUGACCUGGGCCACCUCUCAGUCCUCCGAGGAGCAUGAUGAUGCUGGGGCACAGAGCCCACCCCCCCAGGCCAGCGCAGAACCCCUUCCCGAGGGCAGCGGGGCACCCCCAAGGGCCUCCCCAGAGCUGAGCUCGUGGGAGGACUUUGGUGGGGGCUCCCAGGUGUCCCUAGUGCAGAUCCGAGACCUGUCUGGGGACGCAGAAGCAGCCGACACCGUGUCCCUGGAUAUCUCAGAGGUGGAGCCUGCCUACCUCAACCUGUCUGACCUGUAUGACAUCAAGUAUCUCCCGUUCGAGUUCAUGAUCUUCAGGAAGGUCCCCAGGUCUGUGCCACCAGAACCACCGUCGUCCCCCGAGUCUGAAACCGAGGGGCCCUGGCCGGGCGCGCCGGGCCUGCCAGCCAGCUUGCAGAUCACCGAGGAGCCGGAGGACAUGGACACUCUGCUCAGGGAGGCCCCCCGCAGCAGGAAGCGCAAGUGGUCGCCCCCCUCCGGCGGCCUCUUCCACUUCCCAGGAAGGCACGCCAUACUGGACGAGCCCGCGGAGCUGGGACUGCGCCGGAGGGUGAGGGCCUCUGUGGCCCACAUCUCCCGCCUCCUCAGGGGCAGGCCUGGAGGUCUGGAGAAAGAGAGCCCCCCCAGGAAGAAGGCAGGCCUGGCUUCCUUCCGGUUGGGCCUGAAGAGCAGGGACCGAGCGCCAUCAUUUCUAAGGGAGCUCUCGGAUGAAACGGUGGUCCUGGGCCAGUCCGUGACUCUUGCCUGCCAAGUGUCGGCCCAGCCAGCUGCACAGGCCACCUGGACCAAAGACGGAGCUCCCCUGGAGGGCACCAGCCGCCUCCUCAUCUCCUCCACGCUCAAGAACUUCCAGCUUCUGACCAUCCUGGUGGUGACUGCUGAGGACCUGGGGGUUUACACGUGCAGCGUGAGCAACCCUCUGGGCACAGUGGCCACCACGGCUGUCCUCCGGAAGGCAGAGCGCCCCUGCUCUUCCCCACGCCCCGACCUCGGGGAGGUGUAUGCUGAUGGGGUGCUGCUGGUCUGGAAGCCCGUGGAGUCCUGUGGCCCUGUGACAUACAUCGUACAAAGCAGCCUGGAAGGUGGCAGCUGGAACACGCUGGCUUCGGACAUCUUUGACUGCUGCUAUCUCACCAGCAAGCUUUCCAGGGGCGGGGUGUACACGUUCCGGACGGCCUGCGUGAGCAAGGCGGGCAUGGGUCCCUACAGCAGCCCCUCAGAGGAGGUCCUCCUGGGAGGGCCCAGCCACCUGGCCUCCGAGGAAGAGAGCCGCACCCCGCGGCCACCCCAGCCCCUCCCCAGCGCGCAGACCUUCGCCUUCCAGGCGCAGAUUCGAAGGGGCCGCUUCAGCGUGGUGCGGCAGUGCCGGGAGAAGGCCAGCGGACGCGCGUUGGCCGCGAAGAUCGUCCCCUAUCGCCCCGAGGACAAGGCUGCCGUGCUGCGCGAAUACGAAGCCCUCAAGAGCCUGCGCCACCCACACCUGGCCCAGCUGCAGGCCGCCUACCUCAGCCCCCGGCACCUGGUCCUCAUCUUGGAGCUGUGCUCGGGACCCGAGCUGCUCCCCUGCCUGGCGGAGAGGGCCUCCUACUCGGAGUCGGAGGUGAAGGACUACCUGUGGCAGAUGCUGAGCGCCGCCCAGUACCUGCACGCCCAGCGCAUUCUGCAUCUGGACCUCAGGUCCGAGAACAUGAUCGUCACCGAGUACAACUUACUCAAGGUCGUCGACCUGGGCAACGCCCAGAGCCUCGCCCAGGAGAGGGUCCUGCCCUCCGAGAGGUUCAAGGACUACGUGGAGACCAUGGCUCCCGAGCUCCUGGAGGGCCAGGGUGCCGUCCCGCAGACCGACAUCUGGGCCAUAGGCGUGACAGCCUUCAUCAUGCUGAGCGCGGAGUACCCCGUGAGCAGUGAAGGGACACGCGAGCUGCAGAGAAGCCUGCGCAAGGGGCUAGUCCGUCUGAGUCGCUGCUACGCGGGGCUGUCCGGCGGCGCCGUGGCUUUUCUCCGGAGCACUUUGUGCGCUCACCCGUGGGGCCGGCCGUGCGCGUCCAGCUGCUUGCAGUGCCCGUGGCUAACGGAGGAGGGCCCUGCUGCCUCCCAGCCGGCGGCCGUGACCUUCCCCACAGCGCGACUGCGCGCCUUCGUGCGCGAGCGAGAGAAGAGGAGGGCGCUGCUGUACAAGAAACACAACUUGGCCCAGGUGCGCUGAGCACUUGGCCUGGCAGAGAGGAUGUGUGUGUGUGGGGGGGGGGGGGUCGCCCUGCUGGGCUUCACCCCCUACUCUCCCCUUAGGACUUGCUGUGUAUGCACAGACACGCCAAUAAAAAGCAGAAACGGA